AUGUCCGCAUUUGAGUUUCUUCGGGGGAAGCUCGGCGGCAAGGUACCCGUGCGUUUGGAUUGUGUACCACCUUGGACCCAGUGCUCGUCAGGGGGAAAAGUGGAAGAGGCAGAUUGGCAGUCGGCACUCGAUGCACUUUCCGCUGGGCAGUUGUUUCUACUCAGAGGCAUUAUGUCAGAAUGGCGGUCCGGUAACCUUGUUCAAGUGAAUCGCUAUCUUCAGGGUUGCACCGCUUACUUCGACCCCAGUAAGCCGCAUCUAUUGGCGUACUUCGUCGGCCUCGGUGGUAUUGACUUAUUCGUGACGUUAUUGUGCGAUGUUAAUGUGCCGAAUGGGGCUACUGAUAGUUCUCCCCAAGCGCCCUUUAGAGCGGACUCACAAGACACGACUCCCUUCCACCUUGUCGGUGCUAUCGAUUUAAUGUUACGUGUUCUAACGGAGCUAAUGGUAUGCCACAACGAACUUGGUUGGUAUUAUUACGACCGAUACCCCGGACUGUUUUUCCGACUACUCGAGCUUGCUAACGUGCCAGAGUUGAGAUUGGUGUCUUUGAUGAUGCUGGAGCACCUCCUUCUUUGCGUAGGACCCGUGCUAGAGAUAUCAAAGGUUCCGGCGUUGCAGAAACUCAUUCGUGUCGGUGACGAUGUGGUGCUGGCUGUUAUAUGCCGCGUUGUUUCUCUUUUGAUUGUGCCUGGUGUAGUGCUUGAUCAGAGGGAGUCCGUUCCACACCGCCUUCUCUUUCCCGAAACCUUGCUUCCACUUCAACGCAUCCAACGUGUCAUCGAUAGCAACGUUUUGUGGCUCAUUGGUGAGAAGGGACUCGUACAGCGCCUGGUGGCGUUGUGUGAAGUGACGGAGCCGAACAGCUUUCGCAUGGCCCUUGGCAGCGAAAAUCUUUCAAACUCACUUGCCGGUUACUCAUUCCCUGUUUUGCUCCCGAAUGAAGCUAGAGCAGCAACCCCGAUUACCACCCGAGGGUUGGACGUAAACGGUUUAACCGAAUACGGUCUCGGUGAUCCCAAUGUUCUUCAGCCUUUUGUAGCAGAUGGUAAUGGCGUUGACCGCGGGGAGGGUGGCCGUGUUCGUGAUUAUGCCAGCAGCGUGGGCGCUAACCCUGUUAGUCCAACGGCAACCUUGCCGGUUGAAGUGGUGGAUACACUUCGGGCCUUCCUGCAGCCCUCAUUGGGUGUUUCGGCGGCGUUGUAUCAAGAUGAUGAUGGUGCGUCUGAAAUUUCUGUUGAGACGACCGGCUCAGGUAUAGAUUUUAGUUGGUUUGUUGGUUGUGUGGAUGCUAAGCAAAGAUGGAGACUCCGCGAUCUGACGCUGUGUGAGGAACUAGACGACAACCGUGUGCUUCUUUGUGGAUUUGGACCACCCUCUGAUAAAAAGGCGAAAGAGAGUUUUGAGGAGAAAAACCGUGCCUUCUGGAACUUCCUUUCUCCAGUAAUGCGGGUUCCCCUUACAUUACACAACAGGUAUGCAAUUGUUGGUGCGCAAAGUGAGGUCAUUUUUGUACUGAAUGUCAUGCUAUCCACCUUCUUCGUCGGAGAUGUGUGGCGGACGAUGAAGGAAUGCAAGUGGAUUGAGGUAGCGAGUAAAUUCUACGAUAGGGCAUUCCAACCUCGCGGUGACAGUCAAGUUUUGUCUCCGUAUCUUGAGCAGUGGCAGCACAUGCAAGAACUGCGGCUUCUCCCUCGCUUUUUAAUACCUGAAAAUGGCGCUGGGGAAGCCAGAAGAGCACCGAAGCAGCGCACUAUUAAGCGCGGCUACGCUGCGGAGAAAUACCACAGGAACGAGGACGGUGUGGACGACAACAGUAACAGCAGUGACAGUGAGGCUGAUAGUGACGAUGAACGCGAAGAGGGACAUCUGUUAUCUGCCAUGCGACCGGGAGAGGACAAGGAGGCGUAUAGGCGACCUAACAGUGGCCACAUGAACGCGGAUAGUGAAGAAGGAAUAGACGAAAAAACUCAUCAUCACGAGGCGGAAACAAUACGAAAAUUGGAGUUGUUGCGCGGUGUGUUGGAAUUCUUGAACACCCAGGACCGUUUUGAGUGCUCCAUGCUUCAGCAAGGUGACAUUUUGAGUCAGGCCGCUCCAUUGGCGCUUAAGGUAGCUAAGAUGCUAGCAAAUCGCAGUGAGGACAGCUGUGUUGAGACGACAGCUUGCCACGCACUGGAGGGUUAUCUUAGGUGUUUUUCCUUUGGUUGUGUGAGUAGGAGCUCUCCAAAUGAACCACAAACAGCUAUUGGUGAUAUUCUCAUGAGAUCUAUAUUAGAGCACCGUGUGUACAACGCUACAUUCGUGCCUGGGCUCAGUGAUUCUCUCACUCCCUCGAAGCGGAUCGAAAGUGUAUUCUCUUUGCUUGGAGAACUCGUUCGAUAUCACUAUGAUAACCUUAUGCUUCUUCAAGAGUAUGUAAUAGGGAACGUGGAAUUAUCCCACCUCAACGAUCCCGCAGUCACGGUUUCAUCUCAUUCCCGUCAGCUACAUGUUGGGUCAGGGCAAGUAGAGCAACUCAUUCGUCUUCCUCCACUUGACAGAGAGGAGCAUGAACCUUUCGUUCGAGUGCUCCUGCGUCGCCUGCGUGGCUACGGGUGCGACACCAACCUGUUUAUGCGCAGCCUCCUGCUUUCGUUGACUCCAGGGCUGCGGUCUAAGAUAAAUUACAUGUGGAAACCGGUCACUGAAGCCACGGUGGAUGCGGGCGAGUCGCUCAGCUCCUCCUCUCGUAUUGGAGACAUCGUAACCGGCUACGCGCACCGGUUCAGUUACAUCACCGCGUGUUCAAGGAGGUUCGUUGUAGUUAUCAGCGAGAUGCAACGAAUGGAAAAGGCACUGGGAAAAGCGGCCGAUGCGCCUACUUCGACUCCCGAUCCAACACGAGCGUUGGAGAAUGCACGUUCCUCCUCUUUUGGACAUAUCGCUCACUUGACACUAUGGGAUAUGUUGCAACUGUUAUUGCGGAGCCCGCACCGCUUUUCACUGGAGGAAAGACCGUUUCCCGUGUUUUUUGACGACACCGACCGGGCAAUUGUAAUGGGUGAGAUUGACUUGCCGCUGGUGGGCCCGCCUCCGCAUCUUGUUCAGCCUCUUUUCGAGAAGAGAGAUCACUAUAAGUCACUUUCGGAGCUCGAGAAAACUCUGCUCCGGGAGCCGCAUGAGCUAGUAUAUGGCAUGUUGGGGCCACUGAACGCGGAGAGAAUCCACGGUACUGGGCGUCUUUGUGUGGUUACAACUUGCAUUUUAGUUUUUGCUCGCGUUGCCUGUUUAGGUGGCGCUGGUGCCGUCCGCGGUGUGCUGGAAAAGCUAAAGCCGCUGGCGCGGGUAGGCUAUGAGAAGUGGAAAAAGGAACGAGAAGCCCUUGGUCGAGGUGUGAAAAAAAGGAGGCGUGGCGACAGGUGGGGCCCGGGAAGGUGCUUUAAUGAUGAUCGUGCUGCUUCUGAUGGUCAGUGCCACUGUAAGGCAGAGGAUGGCCGCCUCCGAUGCUCUGCAUUUCUACUACACGGCCACUGUAAGCCACUUGGCGCUGUUGAGUUGUACUACAGGUGCUAUGGUGGGUGCUUUUUCCGAAACAUGUUCCGACUUCUUUGCUUCUGGGUGGGGCACUACGGGGCAUGCCAGCGCUACGUGGAGACGCUAUUUUACUGCACCGAAGUGCCAUUCGCCGAGUUGAAGAGUGUAAUGUUGUAUCUGUUCCGGCUGUUGCCUGAUUACUUUCUUCCGGACAUGGCGUGA